AAUUCUCCCCCGGCUAUUAAUAAAGGAAACUCGGUUACAAGUUAACUCGAUAAAAGCUCUCAACAUAUAACCAGGGUGAAAGGUAAAAAGUCCUUGGCUAUGGUGAAGCCUAGCGCAAAUAUAUACAUACCGACACAAGUCAUGAUUGAAUCUAUACCCACUUUCUCACUCUCUACUUUCUGUCCAUGUAGCUCUAUAUAUGAACUACUCCCAUGCCUUCACUCUACUGCUAAAUAAAAGCAAAAGACUUUCACGCCUCUGCCCGCAAAAACUCAGCCCUCUUACUAAUCACAGUUUCAAAAUUCCACGGCAAAUACCCUGGGCAAAAGAAAGACUAUAGCUUCUUCAUUGUUUUGUUUUCAUACAGAAAAGUUUUGUUUUAUUUUGUUGUUGGUCCAGAGGAAGAGAUGGCAGAGAAAGAUGAUGGGUUGGGUUUAGGUUUGGGUCUCAGCUUGGGCUCCCCAGCAGCUCCACAGAUUCUACCCUCUUUGAAGCUAAAUCUCAUGUCAUUUCCUUCAGAGUUGAUGCAAAAUAAUCACAGCAGGACCGACUUGAAUGACCUCUUUCAAGCAUGCGAUAGGAACGCUGAUGCGUGGUCGUUUCCACGAGGGAUUGACGUGAAUCUUAUACCAUCUUUAGCCGAUUGCGACGACGAAGUCGGCGUUUCUUCUCCGAACAGCACAAUUUCAAGCAUAAGUGGAAAGAGAAACGAGAGGGAACAGAUUGGAGAGGAAACCGAGGCGGAGAGAGCAUCGUGUUCUCGCGGCGACGGCGGAAGCGAUGACGAAGACGUAGGUGCUGGAGGAGACGCUUCCAGGAAAAAGCUAAGGCUGUCAAAGGAACAGUCCUUGCUGCUUGAAGAUGCCUUCAAAGAGCACAAUACCCUGAAUCCUAAGCAAAAACUUGAAUUGGCGAAGCAGUUGAAUCUCAGGCCUAGACAGGUGGAGGUGUGGUUUCAGAACAGGAGGGCAAGGACUAAGCUGAAGCAAACUGAAGUUGAUUGCGAGUACCUAAAGAGGUGCUGUGAAAAUCUAACACAAGAAAACAGGAGGUUGCAGAAGGAGGUUCAGGAGCUUAGAGCAUUGAAGCUGUCUCCCCAGCAAUACAUGCACAUGAACCCUCCCACCACCCUCACCAUGUGCCCUUCAUGUGAGCGUGUUGCAGUCUCAUCGUCAUUCUCAUCUGUAGCUGCCACCGCUGCUUCAACGGCCCCAUGCCGCCCCAUGGGGAACCCCUAUACCCAACGAGCCAUGCCCAGUAAGCCUUGGGCGGCAUUGCCUAUCCAACAGCGACCAUUUGGUACGCCUGCUUCGAGGUCAUAAUUGCUAUGUUCAACCAGGGAUAUUAUGGUAAAUGGAUUACAUUUUAGGAUAAGGAUGUAAAUAUAUAAAUCAAGAAGGGAGGCGGUUUGAAUGCGAUUUGUUGAAAGUCUUCGGUUGUAUGGAUGCUAAGAUACAGAAAGUAGUGUUUAUAAUUACAAAUUUUAACCAAAACAAAAAUGGAAUUGAUAAUUAGGAUAACUUGGAAGGAUAUGUUAUAUGACAAACGAAUCUAAAUAUCUUCUGGCGAACAUAUUAUUGAUGGAAUUUGAUGUUGGUUGGAAUUUACAAUUUAGCAUGUAGCGAAGGCAGCUUUUGCAAUUAUUAUAAUGAAGGAACUAACGAUGUUGGCCUCUCCUCUCGUAUGUAAAUUGUCGUCUAUUUUAGACUAUAAGAUUCCAACCAUUUGCUGUGAUUCUA